AUGAAGCAUGAAGAUAAUCUGGUUCCUGCUCUCUGGCCGACUCAGCUUCCACCAGCAGCAGGACGCAAACGUGACGGAGGAGACGCUCAGAGGAGACAGGUGGAGACCAUCAGGACCUCCAACCGGUCCUCCUCUGAGACGCUCAGAGGAGACAGUAACUCCUCAAAGACCUCUAGUAACUCCUCAAAGACCUCUAGUCACUCCUCAAAGACCUCUAGUAACUCCUCAAAGACCUCUAGUAACUCCUCAAAGACCUCUAGUCACUCCUCAAGGACCUCUAGUAACUCCUCAAGGACCUCUAGUAACUCCUCAAGGACCUCUAGUAACUCCUCAAUGACCUCUACGCCCCCUACAGUCCGCAUCGUUCACUCGGGUCAGGCCUGUAACGUGGAGGAGGAGCUCUACAGCGAGAGAGUCUUCAUCAUCAGAGAGGGAGACACUCUGCAGCUGCACUGUCAUGUGACCGGACACCCCCGACCUCAGAUCCGCUGGACUAAGACGGCGGGCGGAGCUUCGGACCGUCAGGGCGACUCUGCCCUGCUCAGCGAAACUCUGAAGAUCACAAACAUCAGCCGUCACCAGGGGGGGCGCUACUACUGCAAGGCCGAGAACGGACUGGGGUCGCCCGCCAUCCGGUCCAUCCGGGUCGACGUCUACUACCUGGAUGACCCGGUGAUCACGGUGCAUCAGAGUGUGGGUGAGUCGAAGGAGCAGUUCUACUUUGAGCGGACGGUGUUCCUCCGCUGCGUGGCGAACUCCAACCCUCCAGUCCACUACAGCUGGAGGAGAGGACGGGAGGCGCUGACGCAGGGCUCCGACGCCGGCGUGGAGAUCUACGAACCCUUCUUCACUCAGGGUGAGACGAAGAUCUUGAAGCUGAAGAAUCUUCGUCCUCAGGAUUACGCCCGCUACACCUGCAUCUCCUCCGUCAGGAGCGUCUGCGGCAUCGGAGACAAGAGUGCCCACUUCAGUCUGAACAACAGGACAGCUCCUCCCUCCGUUAAGCUCCUCCUGGACGACCCCCUGGUGGUGAACCCCGGAGAGACGAUCACUUUGGUCUGCUUGGCGUCGGGCGGAGACCCUCCCCCCUCCCUGGUGUGGGUGAGGCCCGGAGGGGAGGAGCUACCGAAGAGGAGCGUCGUAAACGGCGGCACGCUGACCGUCCCUGCCAUCACCGUGGACGACGGUGGUGCCUACAGCUGUGUGGCGUCCAACAACGUGGGAAACCCCGCCAAGAAGUCCACCACCAUCCUGGUCAGAGGUCUUCGUAAAGGUCGGUUCUGGAUCACGCCCGACCCGUACCACAACGACGACAACAUCCAGAUCGGCCGCGAGGUGAAGAUCAGCUGCCAGGUGGAGGCCACGCCCCCCGAGGAGCUGCAGUUCAGCUGGCUGAAGAACGGCCGUCCUCUGAGGAGCUCCGAGCGGAUGGUCAUCACGCACACGGACACCGAGGUCACCCCCGGGACGACCAACCUCGACAUCAUCGACCUCAAGUUCACCGACUUCGGAACCUACACAUGUGUGGCCUCGCUGAGGAACGGAGGAACCCCCGAGAUCAGCAUCGACGUCAACAUCUCCUCCACCACAGUUCCUCCGGAGCUGUCCGUCCCCAGGGGGCGCUCUCACCUGGUGGCCCAGGAGGGCGACACCGUGGACCUGCAGUGUCUGGUCUCAGGGAAACCCAAACCCAUCAUCCUCUGGUCCCGGGUGGAGGAGGGCGGGGCGGCAGCGGCGGCGGCGGCUCUGAUGCCGGACGGCUCGGAGCAGACGGAGAGCUACGACGGCGUCCUGAGGAUCAACAACGUCAGCAGAGAGAUGAGCGGAACGUUCCGCUGCAGCACGAGUCAGUACAACGGGUUCAACGUGAAGCCAAGGGAGGCUCUGAUCACGCUGGUGGUGCAGUUCCCCCCCACCGUGGAGCCGGUGUACACAGAGAUCCGUCAGGCUCUCGGCCGGGCGUUCAGCCUCACCUGCCGCCUGCUGCGAGCUCACCCAGCGCGCCUCCUGCGGUACGAGUGGAAGCUGGGCUCCCGCCUCCUCACCGUCGGGCAGUUCAGCGACCAGCGGGACGACACCAGCUACCUGGUCAAAGCUCUGAACCGAGAGGGCUACGGCGAAUACACCUGUGACAUCACCAACGAGGCCGGGGCGGGGCGCUGCACCUUCCUGGUCACAGGGAAGGCCUAUGCUCCAGAGUUCUACUACGACACCCACAGCGCUCUGUGGCAGAACAAACCUCGAGUCUACGGCUUCAAGCUGCAGUGGACGCAGAUGGAGCCCAACGCCGUGGACCGAAUCCUGGCCUACAGACUCGGCAUCAGACAGAUGAGUCAGUCUCGCUGGUGGGAGCAGGAGAUCCCCAUGGAGUCAACCAUCCAGAAGGGGGAGCUGUUGACCUACAACCUGACGGAACUCAUCAAACCGGAGUCCUACCUGGUCCGCCUCACCCCCAUCACCCGCUACGGAGAGGGAGACGCCACUGAACGCAUCAUCACAUAUAGCGCUCCUGUUAACCCACAUCUCAGGGAGUUCCAGUGUGGCUUCGAGGACGAGGCGUUGUGUUUGUUCUCUCAGGACAAAACGGACGAGUUCGACUGGACGCGUCACAGCGCCGCCACACGAGACACCAAAUACACCCCGAACACCGGGCCGAGCUCCGACCACAGCGGCUCCAAGCAAGGUUUCUACAUGUACAUCGAGACGUCGAGGCCGAGGCUGGACGGAGACAAGGCCCGUCUGCUGUCUCCCACCUUCAACAUGAACUCCAAGACCUCCUCCUCCUCCUCCUCCUCCUCCUCCUCCGUCACCAACAACCCCACCUACUGCUUCUCCUUCUACUACCACAUGUACGGGAAACACGUCGGAGCUCUGAACGUCUUCCUGCGUCAGAAGGCUCAGACGUUGACGGACUCCUCGGUCUGGAGUCUGACCGGUAACCAAGGAGACGGCUGGCGGCAAGCCAAGGUCAACAUCCACCCGAUCGCAGCCUUCCAGAUGGUGAUGGAGGGAGUCCGCGGCGCCGGUAUCGAGGGAGAUAUCGCCAUCGAUGAUGUCACCAUCGAGGAGGGCGAAUGUAAAGACCCCCCCCCGAACAAUCUGAGGUCGCUCGCCCCGCUUUCAUCUCCCCAUAUAUGGCAGCUGUGCGUCACUCUGAGUCUGGCUCUGAUUGGCCGGCAGAGGUGA